AUUUGCGGCGGGUAUUAUAAUAGUAUUAGAAAAUAUCAGUUGCAGUCCUGGAGAAAUCGAACUCGACUAUAUUAUUGUUUAUAUGUAUAUUGUAUAGUUUAACAUCGAGUAAUAAUUUGUUUUUAAAAUGUCAUUAUCGUUCGGUAGAAUUUUAUUCGUCCUCGCUAGUCUGGUGAACCUGUACGGUAAGUAUUCAUUUAAGUAUUAAUACAUUAUUAUUAUUAUUAUUAUUAUCAUCGUUGAUAUUUUUAUUUCCAUAAAAUAUCAUAAUUUUCAGGCGUUAAUCAAAUUCUGUUUUGUUCGAAACAUAAUUUUUUUUUCUCAACAACAUUUUCGGUAUAAAUGUGUAAAUGGUUAUACUUAUGUAGUUAUACAGAUUGUUAUACCUAUUCAUUAUUAUUGUUAUUUUUAAAAUGUUUUUUUUUUUUUUUUUUUAAUUGAAGACCCGGGUGAACACGGGUUCAAUGACAAUUUUGGUCAAAACGUAUACGAUAUAAUAACGAAAAGAAAUGUCACGCGUGAUAACUGGCGGCAGCAACUAUACGUUAAAUACAGAGAUAUUAUACGGAUAUGUAUGGUUUUUUUUUUUUUUUUUUUUGAUGGGGGCGGGGGCUAUAAAAAAAUUUUUCUAAAAAUAAUAUUUUGUUUCUUCUGAACAAUUUUAUAGACUGGAUAUGUCUUGUUGUCGCCUCCACGCUCCGGGGUUUCAAUUUCAAUAUUUUGAUUAAUCACUCAUCUAUUGAUAAAAACAUAAAAACAUUUUGUAUCAUUAGUUUUCUUUCGCAGGAUCGUCUAAAAUUAACACUAUCCAGGAUUUAGUUGCCGGAACAAAAUUGGUUGAGGAAUUCAACCAUAACCUAAUAUCAAGUACCAUUUCGGUGUACAUAAAAAAAACGGUACGCUUUUGGAUGUAUUCGAGGUAAGCCACGAGUAAAAAUCAUACACAGUUAUCAAUGCGUAUUAUAAAAAUCUUCAAAUGCGGCUAGGUGUUUUAUAUCAUAAUGUUGAAAUAAUCAUAAUUUUAAAUUAACGAUAAUCCCUGAUUAUCGUUUACAGAAUAAGUUUUUAUUUUAAUAAUAAUUAUUUUUAUUAAUAAAAUAUCGAUUACAAUUCUGGGGCUUGGGUUAAAAAGGGCCGAUCUCACUUUCAAUCGAUUUUUGGAAAUUUAGAAUAAAUCACAUUUUUGAUCCAUUUUGAUACUGUAAUAGUAAUUUGUUUAACGAAAUUGGUCUUCUCGAAUCUCACAAUGAAGAUUAUUGAGAUAUAUCUUUUUACCACUAAAAAAAGCAUAUUAUUAUACAAUUUUAUAUGAUUGGCCAUAUAACUAAUUUUCACCAAAAAGUGACAUUGGCCCUUUUUGACUCAAAAAAAUAUGCAUAGUGUGUUUUCCGUGGGGGUACUUUCAAGUUAACAAUCGAGUAUUGAGUAUAGUUAUCAUAGUAAAGAAUAUAUUCUGAAUUGUAUAAUAUACUAUUUACUUUUUUGAUUCUACAAAGCGUUAAUAAUCUGUACUUAAUAAUAAUUAAAAAUUAUCCGUAAUAAGGCCUAGACGCCUAUUUAAUCCGACUCUUAGUGGUUAUUACUACUGAUAUUAUAUUAUUACUUACUAGCUGUCCCGGACAGUUGAAUGGAAAAAAAAAUUAAAAAUAUAAAAACGUGUGUCUACGUGUUUCCCCGCGACUCCACGUUUCCACCCCGUACUCAUUACAGUUAACCGCUUUUGCUCAAUAAUUUAUUAAUUUUUUUAGAGGGUAUUUUUAUUGCUCGUGACAACUAAAUUAACUAAUAAUAACUGAUAUUUUUUCCAUUCAUGUCGUAAAAGUAACCCACAAAUCAAUUAAAAUAAUUAGAUUUUCGUUCCCAAGAUAUUAAAAAGCCCCGUAUAAACCGGACUUAAGGGGCUGAAUUUCGGGACCAAAAAGUAUCCUAUGUAUUAAUCCUGAACAUGUUCUAUUUGUAUGCUAAUUUUUAACCAAAUUUGUUCAGCUGUUUUAAAGUGACUAAUUCACAAACAUCUAUACUUUUGCAUUUAUAAUAUUAUUGCAGUAGAAUAAGCCGGAUUAUUAUUUGAUUGCCAACCAUUUAAUAUAUUACAAAAGAGACUAAUACGCACCUAUUUUCUUUGAUAUUAAACCAUCUCAAAAAAUGAUAAAUUCGGUGUGCAGUAGCCUGAGAGCGACCGAGGCAGUGGCCUUAGGGUGUACAAUUUGGUUAACAGUAUACAGAGGUGGCCAAAAGUCGCGCAACAAAUUUGCAACACAGUUUUUAUAAAACUGUUGUUUUUUAUGUUAAAUAUGUUGUUUUUUUAUAAACCUUGCUGUUGUUGUACGUAAACAAGAUAACGAGACCAAAGUUGCAAUAUGACGUAACGGAAACGACGUGGAGGGAGAAACUGCGCCGUAACGCGCGUUUCAUACAAGACGGUAGGCGUUGCGCGACUUUUGAUCACCUCUGUAUUAUGCGUGAUUGGGACGUUGGUGAUUGUUAAGUAUCUGGUAGAGAAAUUUUGGCGAAAUUGGAUCAAUAAAAUUGUGCAUGUAAACCAGGCCAAAUAGCUACAUAGAUACAUAAUAUUGUUCACGCUAAUUUAAUUGAUUUCGAUUUAUGUGGCACUUGUAUGAUAGUGGUACGUGCAAAUGUGUUAGAUAUAAAUAAAAAGUAAAAAUAUUUAGCUAUGUGUGGUGUAAAUGUAAAUUUAUUUAAUUUAAAAUUAAAACCAAAUUUUCAAUGCGAGACAGGUGUGGUUUGCUUCAGGGCGCUUUGAUGUGAUCGAUUUUUUUUAAUGGAGUCGACCCACCUGACCCAAUUAGAAGUUUUUUUCAUGCAUGUUCUUCCAUCGAUUCUUACAAACAUCAACUGUACUGAAAACAAUAAAUAUCACAUUUUAUAUAGUUAAUAAUUAAAAUUUAUAUUUUCAUACUUGAUCUUCCGAUUUCUGCGGCGAUAUUUUUCCAAAAAAUAUUAUUUUUGAAAAUAAUGUUUUAUACCGUUUAUGGUCACUGACUACCCUAUUAUUUAAACCAGUUAAAUUAUCAAUAAUUCUCUUUAGAAAAAUUUCAAUUUAAGUGCAUGAUGAAUCUGGGCGUCUAAACUCGACAUGAAGCGAAUUGAAGUUGAUCGGAGAGUUUAUUUUCCGAGGAUAAUAUUAUUACACUACUUUAAGUAGUGUUCUCGUAUUUUUAUCGGUUAUUUAAGGUUUUUAAAUUUUUAUACUUAACUCGAGAUUCAAGCGCUACCAUAUCUAGUAGUAUAAAAGUAUAAAUACUGUUAAAAUAAGUGUCUGUAAGAAACAAAAAAAAAACAUAAAAAUAAGCGGUUUAAGUGUUUUGAAGUAAUCUACUAUGUUAUGCGAUAAUGUGUUAACAAAUUGCGAAACACGACAUAAUUAAAUUAAAUAAAAUUACUGCUUAAACGACGAUUACUUCCCGUAAUCUGAAACGUAGGAAAAUUGUUUUUGCAUAAUAGAUAUAAUUAAAAUUAACUAUUCGUUUCUUUGAUACGUUUUAUCAUACCUAAAUUUACCUAAUAAACCUCGGAGUUGGCCCACUAGGUAGAUACGGAAUUAACGAGAUAAUGAGUUGCGCCCAUGUUUUUUACUCUUUAAAUUCACUACGGGUACCUACUUAAAAUGCUAAUGAACUACAGAACACGGAUAACAUAAUUUAAUUUUAUGGUUUACACGGGGUAAUAAUAAUACCAAUGCGACAUAUUGUUAUUCACAGCAAAAUACCCGACGAGCGUCUUAAGAUGACGCCUGAAGAUGUGGUUUGGUCAAAAUCGUAUUUCGACGGGAAUCAAACGACAAAAAUCUUAAUACACGGUUGGUUGGGUAACGCCAAAGAUCAAAACAGUGUUUGUACGAGUUUAAAAAACGGUGGGUUUAUCAGCUGAACGUUUACUACGUAUUCGUUUUGUGACUAAUGUUUCAGAUAUUUAUUUGAAAAAAAAAAACAAAAACAAAAACAAACAAUUCCCAUCACUCGAAUCUUUUUAGUUUCACAAUUCGCAAAGAAGUAGGUAUAUUUUGUUUUUGACGUGGUUCAAAUACAUUCCUCUGAAAAAUAAAUAAAAACACAUUUCGUAAUCGUUGAAUUCGAGUAUAGGCUAAGGAAUUCUACGUUGACAAAUAUACGAUGUUAUCGAUUUACAUUGAACCGAAACUGUUUAAAAAAUUAAAAUAUCAAACAGCAUCGGGGAACGUUUAAAAUGUUAAAUUAUUGAAUUUAGAUUUCAAAAGAUCAUAGAAACAAUUUUAUACCCAGAUAACUCUUCUAAACCACUAAAUUUAUAUUUUAUAACAUUUUUUUAAUAUACUUACAUAAACUAUUAAACUUUAUGAUUUGUUAAGUUUAUAUUUGUUUAUUAAUUCUCCUUAUUUAUUAAUGUUUAUUAAUUCUCAACUAUUUCACUUGUUUCAUUGCCACAAUGAAAUCUUGAAAAUCUUACGGCCACAUUACAUGUUAAAUUCUAGUAGUUUUUCAAUUGUAUUUAGUUUUACGCUUGUAAAAUGUCACACUCCAUACUUAUUUAUUUAAGAUUUUCUUAAUAUUUUGAAUCCAUCGGCGUUCGUGAUUAUUAUUAUUUAAUUAUUUAUAUUAUUAUUUAAAAAAAAUGUAUUACUCUUGUGAAAUCUUUAUUAUUUUUAACUUGCUUCUACUACAAGUCGUACCUUUACUGCUAAGAUAGCGAGCCAAGUAGCAUAGUAUGGAAAUAGCAAACAAAUAAAAAGAGUAUCGAAGACAAAAUAGAAUAACAUAUGAAUCUAAAAAUUUUUUUAUUUCAAAUGACGGGAAUGUUAAUUUAUUUAAUACUAAUAGUUGGCGAUGCAUUAGGCAUUUUGAUUAGAUGGCGGUGGUUUUUUUUUUCUAGAAUAUUUCAAGCUGGACGAUUAUUACAACGUUAUUUGCGUGGACUGGAGUUUGGUUACAUUGGACACGACGUAUUUAGCCGCCAGAUUACGGUGCAAGGAAAUCGGAAACUACGUAGCUAAACUGAUUGCGGCGUUGCUCGAUAAUACAAAUCUGAAACUGGACAGAGUUCACGUUAUCGGUUUUAGCAUGGGCGCCCAUAUCGCCGGUUAUGCCGGCAAACAGUUCAUGGGACGAAUACCAAGGAUUACCGGUAUGCGUACUAUGGUAGACCCUAUCCGAAUUCAGCUCAAGUCGAAACGUAACCGACUCGAUUUUAAGAGUAUUGAAAAAUAUAACCAAAUUUUUUGUCCAAAUCUGUUAUUUUUCCGAGGCACUUUGUGUAACCUAAUAAGUGAACCUAUUACAACACUACUUAGUUGAUAAAAAGUCAUGGAAGUCACUGUAGGUUUAGAUAUAGCAGAGGGGAGGGAAAAUGGAAAACUUUACCUACCUGUCGGUCUGAACCGACACAUAUUUGUGACUAUAAUACUAUUUGACGAGCAUUUGGUUUCGACUAAACAUUUUUAAAUACUAUCCGUGUAAUGAUGUCAGAUUUUUGUAUUUAUUCCGCUUAUUCCUAAUUAGCAGUUUUCUUAACUACAUUUACUUAAAUACCGUUCUCGAUAUUUUUUUUUAUCGGCCACUCAUCAUGUAUCGUUCAAUUUACUUACAUGUAUUUUAUUAUAGGUCUAGAUCCGGCCAAACCUUUGUUCUUCAUGAAACGGCCACGGGAUAGGCUCAGUAAAGGCGACGCGCAAUUCGUGGACGUUUUGCACACGACGGUUCGGAUAUUGGGACAGCAUCAGCCGUUGGGCGACGUUGAUUUCUAUCCGAACGAGGGAAACUUAACACAACCAGGCUGUAGAAAAGAUUCUGGUAGACGGAAUUAUAUUUAUACCUAUAAUUUAGUUAUGGGAGACGUCUGUAGUCAUUUUAUGGCGUAUAAAUUUUACGCCCGGUCCAUUAGUAACAGAAAGGACUUCGUGGCGGUAAAAUGUGACGGAUGGAAACAAUUCGUGCACUCCGAUUGCGACAAAAAGUUUACGUACAUGGGAGAGUAUGUGAAUUCGAGCAGGUAAGCAUUUUGAAGAGUCAUUGUAUUAUAAUAAGUGUGGUCGAACGUAUUUACUUAUUUUCUUUGUUAUAUAUAUAACUUUUUUUUUCAAGUAUUACAGGUAAAUAUUAUUUAUCAGUUCUUUAUUCUGACAACGGUACAGUAUGAAUUUUGAGUGGAGCGUCAAACGACUCAAGUACAAAUAUAUGAUUGUAUUUUUUAUUCCUAAUACAUACAAAUGUAUGUUUACAUUUAAUUACUACGCAAUGUUCAUAUUUAGUAAAAUAAUAUUCUGUUACGAUUUGUUAACAAUAAACUAUUAUUUAAAAUGAGUUUCUAAUCUAUUGAAUUUAAAUUGUUAACACUUACUAUAAUAUUAUAACGCAGUGGUUCCAGUGGCUUACAGAACUUUUAAUGCUCGUGGCAACAAAUUAUAUUAAGGUUCUAAAGGCCGAACCGAUAAGCGAAAAAAAAAGGUCAUUCAAAAAGACUAUCAGCUGACACCAAUAUUGCCUUGGGCUCCCUGGUCUAGGCCACUGCUAGGAACCUCAUCAGUUGUGGGCCUGUGGCGUUUGUCCACGUUGCACACUCGGUAUUUACGCCAACUGAGUGGAUCCCAACAUAUGGUAUGUAAAGCGCCGGUGGUUCGCGAGACAUUGUGUGGUAAUCGUACAAAAUUGAAAAAAGUAUUUGACGUAAAUCAAUAGGGGUUGUUGGAGUUUAUUACGUCGUUUAUUAUUUUUUAAAUUUAUCGUACAUGAUAUUAUUUAUGUUAUUAUUACUCGUUGAAUACAAAAAAGU